AUGGUUGUCACUCACGUCAGCUUUUUACGAGAACCAGGAAACAUCGUUUUUCUUUAUGAGACAGGCGAGUUUAAGUCGGCUAUCGUGUGUGUUGAGCGAAUCUUCCAUGACUGUCGCCAUCGAAAGGAUCUCCUGUUCCUGCUGAAGAAGCUGGCGGAUCCAGACAGCAUCAGGAAGGCGUUCCGCGAGCUGUGUGCCAACCUUGACCUAUACAUCAACUCGAGCAGCUGUAUGAUGAAACAAGACAGUAGAAUCACGCCAUGCUACAAGCAGAUCGAGGAGACCUUCAACGUCAGCAUCUAUCUGUCCAAAACAGUCAACGAAGAAAUAAACAGCUUCUGUGGCUUCCAGAAUGGGAUACGGGGAUGUAUCAUAGAACCGGUACAUGUGUACUGCGGACAGGCCAUAGUGGACCUCCUGAACACUUUUAUGAAAGGAGUUACCUCCCCUGUUUGCAACGAACGUGCCAGCGAAGGUUUCCGCCUCAAGCCUUUAGCCUCUCUCAUUCUCCUGUCAAGUUAUAUAUUAAUUUUGUUCCAGGCGUAGCGUUUCUUUCAGAUGCUUCAGUGCCUUAUUAUUUAGCUUGGUGUAGUUCGAAAGGUGUCAAACCAUUUUCAAGUCACCUGGAGUGACAGCGGAAGAAAUAUACCACUUUUCCAUUUCUUUCGAAAGGACGUUAGCCACGAGUCAUGUUGGAGAGGUCGUUAAGUACAGGUUGAAGGUCACACUGACUUUUUCUUCGCAGAGAGAGAGAGAGACAGAGAGAGAGAGAGAUAGAGAGAGAGACAGAGAGAGAAAGACAGAGAAAGAGAGAGAGAGAGAGAGUGAUAGAUAGAGAGAGAGAUAUUGGGAAUAUGUUCUUACCCGUGUUUACUUAAGUCACAAAACUCAACAGCUAUUAGCGUCCCUCAGCACCAGCCGUUUUGAUCUGUCCUUGACUAGUUGAAGGAUGGAGUGUGUGAUGGUGACGUGGGUAUUGAUUUGUCCUUGACUAAUUGAAGGAUGGAGUGUGUGAUGGUGACGUGGGUAUUGAUUUGUCCUUGACUAAUUGAAGGAUGGAGUGUGUGAUGGUGAUGUGGGUAUUGAUUUGUCCUUGACUAAUUGAAGGAUGGAGUGUGUGAUGGUGACGUGGGUAUUGAUUUGUCCUUGACUAAUUGAAGGAUGGAGUGUGUGAUG